AUGGGACAAGCUCCAUCGAAAGAGAGUCAAGCUGUUGACUGGGCUCCUCCUCCACUCUCGACCUCCUCAGCAUCCUUACUCCCUACGACUGACUCCGACCACCUCUCCUCUUCUUCGAGAUCCCGCCGUGCUGUGGCGCGGAUGUCGAUUACGGUCUACCUAGCAUACACCGGCCAACGUCUCGACUUCGACCCGAGUAGAGUGGACUCCAUCGACGCCUUCAAGUCAUGGCUGCAGACGCAGACCGGCAUAGCACCGCGGAACGUCGUCUUGCUUACUUCGCAAGGGAAGCAAGUCAGAGCGCAGACGCUGUUGACGGAGAAUGAGCUCUUUGUAUUCGAUGCGAGUCGGGUAACAUCAAAGGGCUCAGCGUCUGCUGGGUCAGACGGACCGGACGAGGACUUCGACCCUGGACACCCGCCUGAUACUAUCAGCAACCAGAAUGACCUGCAAGCAUGGCAGGGUCUGUUCAAGGCCCGGAAAAGCUGGGCAGAUGGGCUGCUCCGUGGCUGUGAGACAAAGGCGAAGCUGGCGCAGCGAUACCAGGACGAGCAGGCUGUGAUCGAGCGAGGGCUGGGCGCGGUGGUGUCGAGUCUCCACGCUCAUAUCAAGACGUGUGAGCAGAGGUCUGGCGCAAUCGAGGCACGCUCGGAAGAGGUCCUGCAGGACCAAGAGUAUGCCGUCGGCAACUGGGAAGCCAACUUGGAGAGCUUGCGAGAUAUACCAGCGAAGCCGGAGUUCGCAAGAUUCUUGGGGAGCUCAUCCUCCACGAGCCGACGACUCUCACAAGCUGGCAAUGCAGUCACUCUGCAAAGCUUCGUCGACCUUUCCAGCGUCCGCAAGGCUGCCGGUAGUGUAAAAUCGUCGAUGGGAGGGUUCGCAGACAAAGUUCAAAAGCUACGAGAGGACCUGGCCGCUGCGACCAAAGGCACCGACGAGCUCUCCCAAGCUGUCGAGCAGAUCAGUGCCAACUCGAGCGCCAGCAGCUCCUCCGAACCUGCACAACUUCUCGAAGAGAUUGAGCUCGUGGUCAAGAAGAUGUCCUCGGACCUUGAGCACGUCCAAGCACUCCCUCGAACACAAUCGUCGAUCUCGCAAGCCUCCAAGAUGGCUCUCCUGCACACACGAAACUACCUGCCAAACCUGAGCGAGUUAUGCGCAGAAAUGAACGAGCUCGCUCAGCGAGCGUAUGAGCAGAGAAGAGGCGCCGCAGACGACAAUUUGGAGCACAUGCGGACAGUAUCUCGCAUGGAGGGAAUUAUGCGGUCGGUAUACAACGAUGCGAAGGAGCUGGAACAGCCGCAAGACAACGAAGAAGUGUCUGCGACGUUGAACGUCAUCUCCAGGCUGCCUUCUGUGUAUGGUGCUCUGCUCGUGGAGUCCGUCAGGAGGCGUGAGUGGGUUGCAAAGAUGCGGAGAGAUGCCGCCACACUUCAAGAAGAGGUCGCGACAUACCAGGAUGAGGAGGACAAGCGACGCAAGAAGUGGGUGAGGAGUGUAGAGGAUGUUGUGAGGACGGACGCUCUGCGUAGCAACGUGCUUGGUAUCGAGCUGAGCCUCAUUAACGAGGGCAACAGCUGGCCGAUGGUGACACGAGACGAUCUUCAGUCCUACCACGAUGUCUUGUUCAACGUCUACGGCGAGUGUGCUGUCGUUGAAGAGAUCCAGCAUGCUAUCGUGGAUCUCGACAAGCCGACGCGCAAGCAGAUCAAGCACGCCAAAGCUUUCAAAAACGGUAGCAUGCACGAGGCUGCGUUUGGCGAUACUUCUCUGCUGCUUCGCGGCGACGACCAGUACAAGAGUCUGAAAGACGCCAAUACGAGGCUAGAGGACGAGCUGAAAGGGCAGAAGAGCCGAGUGCGGAAGCUUGAAGACCUAUUGCACCGAUCCUCGCACAUCGGACGAGCGAGCACUGGUGACAUGUUCACGCCCCAAAGUGCUUCCAACCUGGAUCGCAACAUGACGCUGCCUAUCUCCAUGCCCUCCCAGCAAUCAGAGGACUCUGCACGUGGCGAUUCAUUCCGGCACCAGCGCAAAGUUUCUGUCCAAGGCGCAGAGGAGAAGAAGCUCGCACGGCGGGUUGUAGACUUGGAGAAUGAGCUACAGGCCGCGAGGGAGGAAGCGACGACCCGGAACAACUCUGAUGCGGAAGCGCAGAAGCAGGUUGAAGAGGCUAUGUCGACGAAGAAAGAUCUUAUGGAGAACAUGGAAGCGCAGCAGCGAGAAUUUGCGACCGAGCGUAGGAAUCUCGAGAAAGACUUGGCUGAGGUCAAAGAGCGGGCGGAAGAGCUGGAGAACGAGAUCGAACGACUGGUCGGCUCGCGAGAUGAUGAACGAACUGGGACUGAUGCUCGGGCUGCGACUUACGAAGCUGAGAUCGCGCGAUUGAAAGAAGACGCUUCCGGCCAUGCUGCACGGGCUGCUACUGCUCAAGAUGCCAGAGCGUCUAUGGAGCGGAAGCUGGAUGUUGCAGAAAGAGCCCGAGCUGAGGCGGAGACGCAGUUGCAGGAGAUGCGCUCAGAGCAGGAGCAGAGACGCGAGGCAGAGAACGAGCAGAUGCAGUCGCUGGCUACGGCUCACGCUCAGCUAUCGUCGAAUGCGGAUGCGCCCAGCGGUCUUGUGGCACUUUCGUCCGCUCUUGAGGAGCUGUCGCGAAAGUCCGCCGCUCAUGCGAAGGAUUUGGAAGAAGCUAUCGCGUUCGCGAAGUCUGAGAACGAAUCGCUGUGGGCGAGCAACGAGAGGCAGAAGACUGAGCUCUCAGCUGCUACGCAGAAACAGUCUGAAGCUGAAGAUGAAGCACGCCAGAUCACAGAACGCCUUGCUACCGAAGAAGCCAAAGCUCAAUCACUCGAAGAGCAGCUUGGAGAAGAGCAAGAGCAGCUGCGUAUGCUUCGCAAUAAGUUUGCGGAUGGCGAGACGGGCUCUGAAGUACUUCGACAGCGCGUCGCGGAAGAAGAGGCAAGAGCUGGCAAAUUAUCUGCCGAGCUUGCAGAGUCAAAGUCACACAUCAACAGCCUCGACGUCGAGCUGAUGCGCCUGCAAAAGAAGCACAAAACUUACCACACCACCGCCGAGACCUCCACAGCCCGCUUGGAAAAACGAGCCGAACACGCCAAAGAAGUCUCCCAACGCCUCUUCGCGCAAAACUCCCGCCUCACCCGCCUGCUCGAACGCCUCGGCUUCGCAAUAACCUACCAAGACGACACCAUGGUCCUCGAGCGCGCCUCCAAACUCGCCGCCAGCACCGUCAUGGACCCGUCCAACCUCUCCCGCACCGGCACCCUGACCUCUCCACCGCCUACCCGCAAGUCGUCCACCACCGACGAACCCUCCGACCUCUCCUCCCUCCGCUGGCCCGACUCCCAGACCCUCGAAGACGAAACCACGCAGUUCUCUGCCUUCCUGGCCCAGAUAACACGCUUCAACACCGACACCUUCAGCGAAGCCGUCGUCAAGCGCGUGCGCGACUUCGAGUACACGGCGCGCAAGUACAACAAAGAAGCGAAAGAGUCCUCCAAACGCGCGGACGCGUACAAAGAGCGCUCGCUCAAACUCAAGACUGAAGCGCAGGGGAAAAUCGCCGUGAAGGAUUUCAAAGAGGGGGAUUUGGCGUUGUUCUUGCCGACGAGGGGGCAGGCGAAGGGCGCGUGGGCGGCGUUUAAUGUGGGGUGUCCGCAUUAUUUUUUGGCUGAGAGGGAGGGGAUGGGUCUAGGCACACGCGACUUCAUCGUCGCGAGGAUCUCGAAGGUGGAGGAGAGGGUGGUGAAUCUGGGCCGCUCCUCCGUUGACACCGUGCCCUCCUCUUCCGCCGGCGGGGUAGGCGAAGGAGAAGCGGAAGACGAGAACCCCUUCGACCUCUCCGACGGGCUGAAAUGGUUCCUCGUGCAUGCUACGGAGGAGCGAGGAGCCGGUGGUGCUCCCACGACUCCUGGGCUUGGGAAAAGCACGGUUGCGGCGGCGAAUGUGGAUGCCAAGGGCAGUAUCCGGAUUAAGCGGGGGAGUAAGGGGGAGGAUGCUACGAAGCAUCUGAAUAAGAGUCUGGAUAGUCGGAGGAGCAGUAGUACGAGCAAGAAAGGCGUGGCAGGGGCGGUUGUGCCAAGUUUGGCGCAGAGCGGGCAGUCGGCGGCGGGGAGUCCGACGGUUUCGUCGUUCCCUGAUCCUUCAGCAGCGAGCGGUGGCGGUAUCGGUGGUGGAGGGGCAAGGGUGCGCAGUGAAAGUCAGACAUCGCUGCGUCCACCACCCGCACCCGCCAUCGGCGGAGGUAGCGGAGGUGGUGCGGGUCUGGGCAUCAUCCAGGACGCCCAUACCAACACCGGCGAUAGCGGCGAGGCUGCUCGCCCUCCGCCCGCUGAUCAGAUCCGCUACCCCUCAGCCUCCAGACACGAAACCCGCAGCGCCUCGCCGAGUAAAGCCCAAGCACGGCAGCGAUCAAAGUCGCCAAGUAAGAGCAUAAGGUCGCUGCAACGACAUCUGAAUCCAGCUUCACAGUCGCAAUCGCAGAAGCAGGGUGGUGGGCAAGGAGGGAAUGGACAGUCGGCCGCGAAGGGGCAAACGCAAACGCAGACGCCAGUAAAGGGAAAGCAGCAGAAGGAGCGGUGGGAGAGUCUGUGGAGUGCCGAGUUUAGGGUUGAGAGUCCGAGUCCUAGUAAGGGGGGUGGGAAGUAG